AUGCUUAGCAGCUUAGCUAGAUCCUCUUUAAGGUAUCGCAUACUGUCUAGGUGCUUGGUGGCUUCAAGAUUAUGUUCCAGUCUGGUAGAGAUUCCAGAAGCCCCUGUUGUGCAUCCAUUGUUAACCAAAAGAGCUGAAGCCAUGAAGAUACGAUUCAAUGAAUUAGAGAAAAAAAUUUCACAAGGCUGCUUUGAUCAAGAAAUUAGUAAGGAAUUUUCUAAUCUCUCUGUUAUUUUAGAUAAUUAUCAUAAAUAUCAACUGGAGAUGGAGAAUUUUUCAAAUCUAAAGGAAAUGGUUGGACAAGAUCCUGAAUUGAGCGAUGAAGCUAGAGAUGAAAUGUAUGAAAUUUUGCCGAAGGUUGUAAAGACAGCCAACAUUCUCAAAUCUAGAUUACUACCUCAAAUUCUUCACUCAGAUAAGCCAACAAUCAUAGAAUUAAGACCUGGAAUUGGCGGAUCAGAAGCCGGUAUAUUCUCUAAUGACCUAUUAGAAAUGUAUCAAAAUUUUGCUAACCACAUGAGGUGGAAGUGGACUCUAAUAUCGAAAAGUGUUAGUAAUAAUGGUUUUUUAAAUGAAGCAAUUUUGGCUAUUAACUCUCCAAAUUCGUAUGAUUGUUUGAGACACGAGAGUGGAGUUCAUAGAGUUCAACGUAUACCUUCUACAGAGACUAAAGGUAGAAUACAUACUUCUACGGCUGCCGUUGUUGUUUUGCCCAAAGUUUCUGAAGGAAAUGAAUCAUCGUUGAAAGAAGAUGAAAGAAUAUUCAAGCCAGGAGAAAUUCGUAUUGAUACGAUGAGAGCUGGAGGUAAGGGCGGACAACAUGUUAACACGACAGAUUCUGCUGUACGGAUUACGCAUCUACCAACUGGAAUACAUGUAGUUCAGCAGGACGAAAGAUCGCAACCCAAGAACAAGGCAAAAGCAUUUUCUAUAUUGAGAGCUAGGUUGGCUGCAUUAGAAAGAGAAAAACAAAUACAGGAGCAAAAAAAGAUUAGGACUGAACAGGUAACUACAACAGAUAGGUCCGACAAAAUAAGAACUUAUAAUUACCCUCAGAAUAGGGUAACAGACCAUAGGUGUGGUUUCUCAUUAUAUGAUAUAGAAUCGUGUAUGGACGGAUCAAAGUUGAUGGAUAUAAUAGAUGCGGUCCAGCAGCAUGAAUUGGAGGAAAGACUACAAGAUUUAAUAGACGGUGAGGCAUGA